GCGGGCGUCCGCCCUCCAGAUCUCCGCCGAGCCAUGGCAGACAUCGCCUCGGCCUCAACCUCGCGCGGAGCUCGCCUGGGCGCUCGGGGGGGCGGUUGCGCAGCGGGGCGCGGCCGGCGGCGCCUUGCGUUGCUCCGAGCCGCUGGCGCUGACCUCUCCUUCCGCGGGCCUCGGCGCGACCGUCUUGCCGACGGGCGCCCUCGGGGGCGGCCGCUCGGCGUUCGAGGGCGGGGCGGGCGAGGCCGCCGCCGGGCCCCGCCGCGGCGCCCGGGCCCGGGCGCGCGAGGGGCCGCGGGCGGCCACGGCGGCGCCCGCCUGGCCAAAUCGCGCCGCCGCGAAGGCCGCGCGCGCUGGCUGGCGAAACGCCGCCCUGGCCACCGCGCCCGCGUCCGUCGCCCGCGCCGCCCGUCAGAGACGCAUCAAGACCAAUAGCGUCUCCGCCAAGACGUCCGGGGUCGACGGGCGGUGGCGCGAGCGGGUGGCCCGCCUCCACGGCCCCCCGCCGCCGCGUGACCAGGCAAAGCUCGACCCGAUCUUCGGGGCGCGACUGGCCGGGCUGCGCUUCGGUUCGGCUUUCGAUCAACGCAGGCCCGUGCGCGCGCUGCAGGGCUUGCGCGUGGAGGGGCCCGAGUUGCCCCGCGACCCGCGCCCGCGGAUCGCCUUCGCGCUCGUGGCCGAGCAGAUCGCGAAGGGAGGCAGGGACGGCGUCGCGGCCGCGCGGGCCGCCGUGGUCUUACAGUUCGACGACGCCGCCACCCUGCGCGACUUGAUAUUCAUCGACGCUGGUCGCACCUACCCGCUAAAGCUAAUGGAGACGCUCCUCGCCGAGGCCGCCUCGGGCAACUCGUCUAGGCUCUUCCCUUCGCUCCCAUUCGCGAUGUUAGAGAAGUUGCUCAGGGGCGCAGCCGCCGCCGCCGAGCAUGAUCAUGCGAAGCUGACUCCGCGCAUGCUGCGCCGCGGCGGGCCCAGCGAGGGCGCCCCGGCCGGCCGCCGCUCGCUCGCCCAGGUCCAGGAGCGCGGCCGCUGGGAGGCUAAAGCCUCCGUCCG